GACUGCCAUUCAUUUUUUUAGGGACGGUAUCCAGUGCGGAAGAGAAACAAAACUAGUCUUUAAAACGGAUUAAAAAUGCCUUUUAUCGAUUUAGAGACUAAUCUGCCUGCAAGUAAAUUCUCUGAAGACUUUCUGAAAAAGCUAUGCUCCACCACAGCGGCUGUUCUGGGGAAACCAGAGGAUAGGAUGAAUUUGGUGGUGAAGCCUGAUCUUCCCAUGCUUAUCGCCGGCUCAUGUUCCCCUGCCGUGUCUCUCUUGGUUUCUGCCAUUGCUGUGACCGACACUGCAGAGAAGAACAAGGAGCACAGCGCCAAGCUCUUCCAGUUUCUCACCCAGGAGCUGGGACUCAGCCAGGAUCGCAUCGUGAUCAGGUUUUACCCGUUGGAGCCAUGGCAGGUGGGGAAGAAGGGCACAGUGAUGAGCUUCCUAUAGAGAACCACACCCUACAUCUACCGUCAUGCUCAUAUCAUACCAUUUCUGUUAUUGCACAAUGUGUAAGACACAUUUGAUUUGUACAUUAAAAAAUUAAUGGUGUACUGGCAAAUAUUUUAAAUAA